AUGGCUGUUCUCAAUCGAACAGUUUUUGAUAUUCCAUUAACAUGGAAUCGAACUCGAUUUGAAUCAACACGUAAUAAAUGUCGUAUUGCUCGUAAACUUAUUGAUUUUAGUAUUAAUGUACAAUUUGAAAAACAAAUACGAGGUAUAUUUUCUCAUAAUAUUGAAAUUGACGAAAAUAUAAAUGAUAUCAAUGAACGUUUAUUAAAAUACCACGAUAAAUUACGUGUACUUGAUAAUAUGAUUGAAUUAGCUUCACAAUCACUUAGAAUUUAUUUUGAUCGAAGAAUGGAAAAUGUACGUGCUAUUGUUAAUGAACAUUGUAAUAUAAUUCAACAGAUUAUUCAUGAAGAAGCUGACCAUUGGAAAGAAAUUCAUUCUAUUAUGGAUCAAAAUUUAAUUAAUCCCGGUGAUAUUCGUUCUCGAGAUAAUUUUCCACGAGUAAUUCAAAAAAGUCCAGCAUCAAAUAUUGAAACAAUAGAAGAAGAGGAUGAUAAUGAUGAUGAUAAAGGAGAACUUGUAACAAAAUUAUUGAAUGGUAAAACAUUAACACCAUUACUUACUCAAAUGAUUCGAAAAUCUCGAGUUCAAUCAAAACGUCUCACAAUAGUCCCAUCCAUAAAAAUAACUGCUCCUAACCAACAAGAAUAUUCAAUACCAAGAAAAGAAGAACGAUUUACUACGCAUCUUAUCCCACUUAGUAUAGUUCGUCAACCUUUACAAAUUAUUGAUACAACAUUUGUUGUUAAACCUGAAGAAACGAUGAUUGAUGGUGAAAUACAGAAUAAUGAUGAAGAAGAUGAUGAUAAUGAUGAACCAAAUGGAACUUAUCGAGCUCCUAAUCAAUAUUGUCAUUCACAUUUAUGUGUAAAUCAACCUGAAACAUUCUUAAUUGAUUCUCAACGAAAUAUACCUGCACGAUUAUGUUUUUCACCAACAAUUCUUCAAGAUGUAACUGAUUUACCUGAAGAUGAUACUCAUGAACAAUCAUCAUCAUCACCACCAUCUAGUAAGAAUGAAAAAAAUGAAGAAUCAAUGCAUAAAAUUCUCUUACCAGUGAAUCAAAAUCGAACGAAUAUAAAACAAAUUCAACAAGAUAAACAUCGUUUUGGUCAAACGUUUUUGCUUCAUAAUGUUAAAACAGAACAAGUCGAUAAUGAUCAAAAUGAAUAUAUACGACCAACAAUUCCAGAUGAUGGUGAUGAUGAUGUAUUAGUCAUCGCAGACACUAAACAAUCAGAACAUAUACCUCAUACAACGAACAAUAAUCCUUCUCUUAAAUCAAAUUCUUCAAAUCAACAAGAAAUCUCUACUGUUCAAGAAACAGUACCAGUAAAAAAUCGAACACGUAUAACAACUAAACCCAAAACAAAAUCGGUGAUUGUUAGUGCAAGAAAAACUCGAAGUGCUACAAAGGUUAUUGCUGAACAAGAAGCAGAAGUAGCAGUAGCAACUGAAAAAGUAUUAGUAGAAAAACCAAUUGAAACUAAACGAAAGACACGAAAACGUAAACAAUCGAAAUCAAUCGAUCGUCCAGCGGAAACAUCUGACGAUGAAAAUAAAAACCAACAAUCAAAUUCUACUCGUAUGAUUAAUAACAAAAGAAAAACAAAACGACGGAGAAAAUCCAAAACUGACACUCAUCCUCAGGAAACAUCUGAUGAUGAUCCUAUUAAACGAAAAACUCGUAAACGAAGUAAACCAAAACAAAUUGAUGAUCAACAAGAAAUACUAAAUGAAAAUGAAAAUAGUAAAAGAAAAACAAAAAAACCAAAAGAACAAAUAAUACUAAAUGAUGAAACAACAAAUCUUACUAAACGUAAGAAAACUAAAAUAUCAACAACUGAUAAUGAAGAAAAAAAAUCAAAAGAAAAAAAACGAAAACCUAAGAAAACCAAAAAUGAUGAUGAGAAUGAGGAACCAGUAUCCAGACAUCGUAGCACUCAGUCUUCUGCAAAAUUCAUUCCGAUUAAUACAACUAAUAAUAUUAAUGAAUGCUAUAACUGUCGAGGAUUAGAAAAUACUGAUCGAAUGAAAUUAAUUGAGCAUUCAAGUCAAGUAGCUGCACUUACAAAUGAAGAGAUAAAACUUAAAAGCCUCCAUCGACGUCUUGAAAUGCGUAUAAAACGAUUUUUACAUCGUACACGUAAUUCAAUUUUUAUGCAAGAAAAAUUACUCAAUAUAGAAAAAAAUUCGCAAAAGGAAUUACUUAUACGUAAGAAUUUAAUGAAACAUGGAAAAUCUUCACAACAAAAUAAUAUCAAACAAAUUGAAGAUGAUAAUAUCAAACUUGAAAAAAGUAUUUCUUCUCUUUGUAAUAAGAUAAAACAAAUUGAAAAUAAUUCAGAACGAAAUAAGAAAACGAAUGAUAAUCAAUAUGAAAUUGAACAAGAUAAAAUAUUAAUGCAACGGGAAAAUCAAUUGCAUCGUAUGAAUCUUGAAUUAAGCAAAAUCUAUGCAAAUAAUACCGACUUACGUAUUGAUAUCAAACGUAUGUUGGAUAAACGUCGUGAAAUGAUAGACGAAUAUAAUCGUUUGAGUAUUGUGAUUCAAAAUGCAACGGAUGAAUCACGUCAAUUAACAUCCGAAUGUUCAGAAAGUUUUGCGAAUCGACGAAACUUAGUUGCACGUAUGCGAUCUGUACGUGAUCAACAUGAUCGUGAUGAAAAGAAAUUAUUAAAUGAUAUCCGUGAACUUGAUCGAUUAUUAGAAAGUAAUUAUGCAUCGAAAAAUUUUUUUUUGAAAAAAUCUAAUGUACGACAAGAACAUAUUCGAUUGAAUGAACUUUUUGCUGGAAAACGUUCGAAAGGAGCACAAAGUGCUUAUACAGCUGAUGAAUUUCAUCGUUUAUUUCGUAUUGGUUUUGAUCAAAAUUUUGUUAAAGAAAAAGUUCUGAAUCGAACUGUUGAAACAUUUCUUAACGAACAAGAACAAUCAUUUACUCUAUUUGAAUAUGCUGUAGAAUUAAUCAAUGAACUUGAUCAUCUAUAUGAAAAUCUUGAUAAUAAACGAAAAUAUAUUUCGAAUAUAUUUUCAACGGAUAAUAUUGAUUCAUUUGUUAUAAAAGAUAUAUUUUCAACACUUGAAAAUUCAGUGAAUGAAGCUAAUAUGAAUGUUGAAUCACUUGAACUAGCUAAAAGAAAUCUUCGUGAAUUAUUAAAUACAGCUUAUGAAUUAAUUUAUAAUUUAUUUUUCGAAUUAAAUUGUGAUCGAAAUAUAAUUUUAUCAUCGGAAAAAUCUAUUAAUGAUCGAAAUAUUCUCUUCUAUCUAGCUGCAAUUGAAAAUCGUGUUCAACAAUUAUUACCUACGAAAAAAAUCUAUCGAAAAGGUGGAGGACAUCAUAGUUAUAUAGAUGAUACAACAAUUAGUUGGCGAAUAGAUCAUCAAAAUCAUGACCAAUCUCCUUUAUUAACAAGUACAACAGGAAAUAAACAACAUAUUUCUGAUAAUUUACAAGAAAUUGAUUUUAUUACUCCACAAAUUUUACCUAUUGAACAAAAUUAUAUGAAUAACGAUGAUAUGUCUAAAAAUAUAUCAACAGAUAUCGUUAAUUCAGUUCUAAAUGUGUAUAAUGAAUGUAUUCAUACACCUAUGAUCAAUAUGAAUAAUAAUGUCACUGUAAUUGGUCAAAUCGAUGAAGUUAAAUAA